UUUUCCCUUUCUCAUCACAGACAAACACAACAACUCGACUACUCUAUGCUAUACAGGAACAACAGCCUUCAAUCCACCCUGAGAAACAUUCGAACUCCAAAGCCGACUCUACACAAAGUCAGCAAGAUUCCAGCCUCAAGAACCUUUAUCAACCUCGCACCAUCCAGCCACACCAACACAAUGGCUUUCUUCCCACGUCUCUCUGGUGGUGAAUUCACCCCCCUUUUCCGUCUUUUGGACGACUACGAUGCCCACCGAUCAUGCACUUCUGAUAACAGCAUUGCUCGAUCCUUUGCUCCAAAGUUCGAUGUGAGAGAGUGCAAGGAUGCCUAUCAUCUCGACGGAGAAAUUCCCGGUGUCAACCAAAAGGAUAUCGAUAUUGAAUUCACCGAUUCUCAGACACUCGUUGUUCGCGGCCACGCUAAGCGCGAAUACUCCACUACCAAUGUAAACGCCGAAGAGACUGCCCCUGCAACCAUUGCAGAUGCACCGGCGUCUUCCCACCAAGCAACUGUUGAAGACGAGGAGGAGCCAGCCACUGCCUCACCACCCGGUUCGCGCCCUUCUUCUCCAGCCAAGGACAACAAAGUCACCAAAGCCAGCAACAACCGUGCUGUGAAGAAGUCUGCUUCUCCUGGCUUUAAGUACUGGAUGACUGAACGCUCCUAUGGCGAGUUCAACCGUGUCUUCAAGUUCCCAUCCCGAGUCGACCAGGAUGCAGUCAGCGCCAGCUUGAAGGAUGGCAUUCUCCGUGUCAAAGUUCCCAAGGCAUCUGCGCCAACAGUCAAGAAGGUCAACAUCGCAUAA